AUGUCGGACGACGAAGCGGAUCCCGAACUGCUCGCCCUCCUUCGCAAAUCUCUGGGUUUGGGCGGGGGAGCCGCAAAUCCGCACACCGCAGAGACCAAGGUUUUGGAGAACUCACAGUACGUGUUCGACAAUGCCAUCGACGUCGCCCUGAGUCCGGUCCACGUCAAAGACGCCGCCGAUAAGAUAUGGCGCAAUAUGCAAAAGAAGCGUUAUUCCACUCAAUCCUGGGCCGACCAUGAAUUGCACCCGCAAUCCAAGGACGAGUCCACUGUCGACUUCAUCUUCACUAUGGACCUGCUCAAUUUCAGCUUCUGGUCUGAGCUACCCGACGACAAGCGCUUCGCUAUUGAGUAUCGCGGGAAGAGAUGGACCGGGUAUUGGAGUCUGGUGGCCGCCUUGCAGAGAGCUCUCGAUGACGGCAUCCCAAUUACAACCCCCGAAUUCUGGACCAAAGAGGACGAAUGCACCGAGGCCCUGCUCAAACACGUCUUCCGAUCCGCCACGGAAGAGGAGAUCCCCCUCCUUUCAGGAACGGCUGCAAUGUCUGCGGGAAGCAGGCUGGGUUCUAUGCAAGGUCUAACCAAGCAAUCCUCGCAGGAUUUCGACGGCAGCUUUCUAAACUGCAUCUAUGAUGCCAACUACUCCGCCGCCGCCCUGGUCAACCUUCUGACCGAGAAUUUCUCCUGUUUCCGGGACGAGACGAGCUUCGAGGGCCGGCGGGUGCGCUUCUACAAGCGCGCGCAAAUUUUGAUCGCGGACUUGUGGGCCUGCUUCAAUGGCCAGAGCUUUGGGGAAUUCCGCGAUAUCGACAAAAUCACCAUGUUCGCAGACUAUCGGAUCCCCCAAGCUCUCCAUCAGUUGGGCUGUCUGAAGUACUCUCCUCCGCUGGAAAGCCACAUCCGCCAGCGCAAACUAAUCCCCAGCGGCUCGACCUGGGAAACUGAAAUCCGCGCGACCAGCAUCUGGUGCGUGGAAUUGAUCCGCCAGGCAAUCGAGCGCCAGUAUCCAGAGGCUAGGGCGAUGUUCCAACCUACCAAAUCGCCGAAACCUGCGGACAAUCACCAUACGAAUGGAUACGUGGACGCGGCGCAUCUGGACGCACACAAGAAGUGCACGACGCAGAAACACUGGAAGCAAAAGAGUGUGAACGAACCCACCGCUUCGGGCGUGAACGCCAUCCUGAUCGAUUUCUUCUUAUACGACACGAUGAAGGAACUCGAGCUAAAGCAGGAAGAGUCGAUCCCCCACCAUCGCACUCGAAGUAUAUGGUAUUAG